AUGCUCUCUGCUGUGUGUAGCGAUAUAUACAAUGACUCAAAACUGCUGCAACAGCAGCAGCAGCAGCAGCAGCAGCAGCAGCAGCAGCAGCAACAGCAGCAGCAACAGCAGCAACAGCAACAGUGUAAUUUCCUUUUGCCGCUGCGCAAUGUAAAAAUGGAGGCCUCAGCUUCAGUUGAACCGUCUCCCUCCCUUCACCGUCCUGCAUCAGCAGCAAACCCUCCCGCAGCAGCAGCAGCAGCAGCAGCAGCAGCAGCAGCUUCUACUAUGUAUACACAAACGGCAGCAACAUCACCACAACCAACUACAGCAGCAGCAGCAGCAGCAGCAGCAGGAUACCCUCUGCAACGACCAUCAGCAGUACCAUUACCACCAUCACCACCACUAUCAGCAACACAUUCACCAACAGCACCAACAGCAGCAGCAACAGCAGCAACAGCAACAGCAGCAGCGGCAGGAGCAGCAGCAGCAGGAUAUUCCCAAUCAGUAUUAUCAUCCCCUCUACCACCAUCACCAUCAUCAUCACCACCACCACCAUCACCACCACCAUCAGCAGCAGCAGCACCACCAGCACCAACAGCAGCAUCAACAGCAGCACCACAAACAGCAGCACCACCAGCAGCAUCACCAACAGCAUCAGGAGCACAACCAACACCAACAGCAUCAUCAGCAUCACCACCAACAGCAGCACAAACAGCAGCAUCAGCAUCAGCAGCACAAACAUCACCAGCACCAUCACCAGCACCAUCACCAGCACCAUCACCAGCACCAGCAGCACCAGCACCAGCACCAGCACCAGCACCAGCACCAGCACCAGCAGCAGGAGCAGGAGUAGGAAUAGGAGUAGGAGCACCAGCAGCAGGAGUAGGAGUAGGAGUAGGAGCACCAGGAGUAGGAAUAGGAGUAGGAGCACAAGGAGUAGGAAUAGGAGCAGGAGCACCAGGAGUAGGAAUAGGAGUAGGAGCACCAGCAGGAGGAGUAGGAAUAGGAGUAGGAGCACCAGCAGGAGGAGUAGGAGUAGGAGCACAAGGAGUAGGAGGAGUAGGAGCACCAGCAGGAGGAGUAGGAGUAGGAGUAGGAGCACCAGCAGGAGGAGUAGGAAUAGGAGCACCAGCAGGAGGAGUAGGAAUAGGAGCACCAGCAGGAGGAGUAGGAGUAGGAGUAGGAGGAGUAGGAGUAGGAGGAGUAGGAGUAUUAGGAGAUGAAUUUGAAGUGGAUUCAAUAUUACGAGUUCGUGAGAAUAUUUUUGGAUUUCAAAUUUUAAUUAAAUGGAAAGGUUUCCAAAUUAAGGAUUCAACAUGGGAGCUUGUUCAUACUAUACAGUCACCAUAUAUAAGGGCAAUUGCUGAGGAAAUGAUUGAAGAAUAUCGUAAAAAAAUAAGAAAGCAAAGAUUUAUACCAACAAGAGCAGCACUUUGUCUAUAUGCUCCCGUCCUAUACUGGGGCCGUAACCUCCAGCAGCAGCAGCAGCAGCAGCAGAAAAGGCACCAGCAAGAUGAUGGGCAGCAGCAAAAGGAUUCCCAGCGUCAUCUUAGUCCUGUGCAGACAGUAGCUGAAGCUGCUGCUGCAGCUGCAGUUGCUGCUGCACCUGAUGAAAAAAAAAAAGAAGCUGCUGCUGCUGCUGCUGCUGUUGCUGCUGAACUGCAGCACCUAGAUGCAGCAAUUGCUGCAGUCUGUCAUAAAAUGGAUGCUGAGGAACUCCAAAAUAUUAUAUACACCCGUAAGGCUCUAGCACAAGAACGACCUGCACCAGCAGCAGCAGCAGCAGCAGCAAAAGCAAAAGCAAAAGCAACAGGAACAACUGCGGAGAGACACAGGCUCUCGUCAUUUCCUGAUAGACGUAGUACAGGGUUCAGCAACAGCAGCAGCAACAACAACAACGGCGCAGCAGCAGCAGCAGCAUCAGCGUGUCUCCAUACGCAGCAGCAGCAAAUAUACCCUGUGCCGUCUGCUUUCGAUCCUACGGACAGUGCAAGCGGGGACAAUCAAGAGAACCGCAGAAGCAGCAGCUGCUGCAGCAAUAAAAGGAAGAAUAACUGCAGCAGCAACAGCAGCAGCAGCAAGGUUGUUGCAGCUGUGCCUCCUGUGCCUGAAUCGUCAAUGUCUACAACGACAGCUCAAGGGAGAAAAAAAAUAAGAAAAACAGACUCUACUGCUGGUGCUGCUGCUGCUGCUGCUGAUGGAUGCAGCAGCAGCAGCUGCUACAGAGUCAAACAAGAAUAUAUAUCUUCAGCAGCAAAUCCCUCUCCACCCACCGAUGCUCCCACGGACACUGCAGCAGCAGGACCGCAUACAGCAGCUGCUGCAGCUGCAGCUGCAGCACAAGCACCAACACCGAGAGGGAUAGCGAUGCCUAUGCAAAUAGAAGCGCCAGCUGCAGCAACAACUGCAACAACAGCUGCAACAGCAGCAGCAGCAGCAGAAGCAGCCCCACCGGAUGGUACAGCCGCAGCGGCCGCGACGCCAUGCGGAGUAACAGUGGCUGCUGGUGCAGCUUUUCCAGCUUCAGAAGCAGCAGCUUCACGGGCUUCAGGUGCAGCAGCAGCAGCAGCGAGAGCAGCACCUGCUCUUGCUGCUGCUGCUCCUGAGGGUGUCAAUAAGGGUGUGUUGGAGUUCGCGGAGAAAUUCAAGAGAGUGACGGAGAUGUAUGAACAGUUAAUGAGGGGAUUCAGCGCAGAGCAGGAGGAGGAGGAGCAGGCGCAGCAGCAGCAGCAGCAGCAUCAUCACGUGCAGAUGCCGGCACAGCAGCAGCAGCAGCAGCAGCAUUGCCAUCAACAGGAAUGGCAACCGCAGCAGCAGGCUCCGCAAGCACUAGAAGACAGGCGAAGUCACAGUGGCCAGUCGCAGCAGCAGCAGCAGCAGCAGCAGCAACACAUGCAUAUGGAGGACGGUGGGCGGCAGCAUCGGGACAAGGUUAGUAGCCGAGACCAGCAGCACGCGCAGCAUUCGCAGCAUUGGCAGCAGGAGCAACAACAGGAACAUCAACAGCGGCACGAGUUGAGGAAACGAGGGCCACACCACCAGCAGCAGCAUCAGCAUCAGCAGCAACAGCAGCAGCAGCAGCAGCCAUCCGGGAGCGCAUCGGACAACUUGUGGGAGAGGAAUGAUAGGUAUUCGAGUAGGACGGUGUCGCACAACGGACAUGGACAGCAGCAGCAGCAGGAGGAGCAGCAGUGGCAGCAGCAGCGGCAGCAGCAGCGAGAUCGGCGGUUGCCUACCUCUGACAGUGACAGCGUAUCACAUCGACGUCGUGUUUAUAGGGAGGAGGAAUUGGAGAGAGAGGAACAGUACCGGCAGCGGGAGCGGCAGCGGGAGCAGCGGGAGCAGCAGCGGGAGCAGCAGCGGGGGGAGCAGCAGCGGGAGCAGCAGCAGCGUCGCCCUUAUGGGGAACAUCAAUGGGAGCAGAAGCAAGGGAGGCACAAAUAUGUAGAUGGAGACACUGCAGGAUCUCCUGUUCAUCGCAGCAGCAGACAAGACACCCGCAACUGCAGCAGCUGUCCUGACAGCGGCUACAGCAGCCGCAGGUACAGCAGUGGCAGCAGCAGGAACAGCUACGGCGGCGGCGGCAGUAGCAGCGGCUACGGCGGCAGCAGCAGCAGCAGCAGCUACGGCGGCGGCAGCAGCAGCAGCAGCAGCUACGGCGGCGGCAGCGGCAGCAGCAGCAGCAGCUACGGCGGCAGCAGCAGCAGCAGCAGCUACGGCGGCGGCGGCAGCAGCAGCAGCAACAACAGUUACGGCGGCAGCAGCAGCAGCAGCAGCUACGGCGGCAGCGGCGGCGGCAGAAGCAGCAGCAGCAGCAACUACAGGGGACAUCGCCGUCGAUCUCCUUCUCCUGAAGAGAGGAGAGGAAGUCAACGGAAGGAACCCCCUUACAGCCAUCAUGCUCAUCACCACCAUAAGCAGCAGCAGCAGCAGCAGCAGCAGCAGAAGCAUAAGCAGAAGCCUCACCGCUAUGAAGAGCAGCAGCAGCAGCAUUACCGUUAUGAAGAGAAGCAGCAUUAUUACAGUUGUGAGGAGGAGGAGCAGCAGCACAACUACCGCUAUGACGAGCAGCAACAACAGACGCAGCAGCAUUACCGCCAUGAGGAGGAGCAGCAGCACUUCACGGAUAGCAGGAAGCAGUGCCCAAUGGACAGGAGGGAAGAACGUCGAUUGAGGCGUGUAAGCUCAAGCUGCUCGCAGCAGGAGCAGCGGCAGGAGCAGCAGCAUUACCGCUAUGAGGAGAAGCCGCAGCGGCGUUGCCGCUUUGAGGAGCAGCCGCAGCGGCGUUGCCGCUUGGAGGAGGAGCAGCAGCAGCAGCAGCAGCAGCGUCACGUGUAUGAGGAGCAACCUCAGCAGCAUUACCGCUAUGACGAGCAGGAGCAACAGCCUUGCCGCUACGAGGAGCAGCACCAGCAGCAUUACCGGUAUGACGAGCAGCAGCAGCAGCCGAGGCAGCAGCAACAGCAGUGGCGUCAGCAGCAGCAGCGGCAUAGCCAGCAGCAUUCUAGACAGCAGCAGCAGCAGCAGCAGAGGCAGCAAGUCUGUGGGUAG